UAUUUUAGUGACGCAUCGCUCCAGCUUCCUUCUUAUUUCAGCUGUUCUUACCGCGCUUCUCGGCGUCUUGUAAACUAGGUAUAUUAUAUGUUUAUGAAAAUAUAUUUAUGUGUCAGUAAGGUCCUGCUUAUCUGAAGUCAAGGAACAGUGUUUUUUUUUUUCUCCAUUUUGUUCAUUGAUGUCUUGACUUGUCAUGUGGAAUGUCAUCAUAGUGCAAGGUGUUUUGAGGACAUAUCUGGAUUGAUGUCUGGCAGGUUAAGAUGGAACUGUCCGAAUCUGUCACACACAAGAACGGGAGGCUGCGGAAGCCUGUGGUGUCCAGCUCUGAUAUGGGCGAAAGGGAAUCCAAGCUAGAAGUUGAGUGUGAUGAGGAGGCUCUUCUACCAAACUCAGUCAGGGCUGAUGGACAAGUGAAAGCGUGUCAUGGGAUCAAAGGAGAACUGGGCAAUGUGGCCCUGUUAUUGUUUUUGUAUGUGCUUCAGGGCAUUCCCUUAGGCUUGGCCGGGAGCAUCCCUCUCAUCAUGCAGAGUAAGAACGUUAGCUACAAGGACCAGGCCUAUUUUAGCUUCGUCUUUUGGCCCUUCAGUCUAAAGCUGUUGUGGGCUCCCCUGGUGGACUCGCUGUAUCUGCGGCGGUUCGGCAGGAGGAAGUCGUGGCUGGUGCCCACUCAGUACCUGCUGGGUCUUUUUAUGCUUUACCUGUCAGUCACGGUUGAUGCAAUGCUUCAGACAGAUGGACAGAGUGGGCCAGAUGUGAUCACACUGACCGCAGUCUUCUUCAUGCUGGCUUUCCUCGCAGCCACGCAAGAUAUUGCCGUUGAUGGCUGGGCUUUGACUAUGCUGUCCAGGGAGAAUGUGGGUUAUGCUUCCACUUGUAACUCUGUGGGUCAGACGGCUGGAUACUUCCUAGGAAAUGUGUUGUUUCUGGCUCUGGAGUCUGCUGAUUUCUGCAACAAGUAUCUGAGGUUUGAGCCCCAGGAACGGGGCAUUGUAACACUCUCAGAUUUCUUGUAUUUAUGGGGGAUUGUGUUCAUGGUAUCUACCACUCUGGUUGCUGUCCUGAAAAAGGAAAACAACAGACACCAUCAUACUAAGAAGAAGCCUAAAGAGGAGACACAGAGUGUUAUGGAGACCUACAAACUUUUGCUCUCCAUAAUUAAAAUGCCCACUGUCUUUACCUUCUGUGUCUUGUUGCUGACUGCUAAGAUUGGUUUCUCUGCUGCAGAUGCUGUGACUGGGUUGAAGCUAGUGGAAGCUGGGGUUCCUAAAGAGCAGCUGGCUCUACUGGCAGUUCCCAUGGUGCCUCUGCAAAUCUUGCUGCCUCUAGUUAUUAGUAAAUACACAGCUGGGCCACGUCCACUUGAUGUUUUCUACAAAGCUUUCCCAUUCAGGCUGCUGAUUGGUCUGGGGUAUGCCCUGCUGGUCUGGUGGACCCCAAGUGUUCGGCAGGAGGAGGGCUUUCCAGUGUAUUACUAUGCUGUUGUGCUGCUGGGCUAUGCAGUACAUCAGGUGGCACUAUACAGCAUGUAUGUUGCCUGCAUGGCCUUUCAUGCCAAGGUCAGUGACCCUGUGAUAGGGGGCACCUACAUGACCCUUCUGAACACUGUGACUAAUCUAGGAGGGAACUGGCCCUCUACACUAGCUCUAUGGCUGGUAGACCCUCUCACCUUUAAAGAGUGCCAGGGAGCCCCCGGGCAGACGUGCGGUUCGGUUGAAGAAGCAGGGCUCUGCGUCAGAGAGGGUGGCACGUGUGUGACAACACUGGACGGUUACUACGUUGAGUCUGUGGUGUGUGUUCUGAUUGGUCUCUGCUGGUGGAUGUUCUUCGGGAAAAGAAUGAAGCGGUUACAAGCAGAGAGCCCCUCUGCGUGGCAUUGCAGGGUUGUCAAAUAACAUCAUCUCUACUGGACUCUGUCUCUUGUUUUAAAGUUACUCCAUGCCUUGCCUUUCUUUCCUUUUCUGAGUAACUGCUUAUUUUUGUCAUGCUACAGCAGGCCUGUAGACAGGCUUUAAACUCUGAAAUAAUAGAAUGUACUGUACUAUUAAAUUCUUAGCAUACCUG